ACAAUAGAGGCCAACGUCAAAGUGGCGUUCUUUCGCGGCAAAUUGUAAACAAUCCGUGGGGUUUGUUAAGUGAUAAUCGCUUGUGAUAAGAAGCAAAGCCGAUCGAGCGGAGUAUGGGGCGUCGAAAAUCGAAAAGAAAGCCGCCACCCAAGCGCAAGAACAUCGAGCCGCUCGAUCAACAGUUUAACUGCCCGUUCUGCAACCACGAAAAGUCGUGCGAGGUGAAAAUGGACAAAGGGAAAAACUCGGCCAAGAUCAUCUGCCGAGUGUGCAUGGAAGAGUACCAGACGAACAUAAAUUUCCUCUCCGAGCCGGUGGAUGUAUACAACGAUUGGGUGGACGCCUGUGAGACGGCAAACUGAACGCGGCAUCGGGCCGGCCAACAACGGGACGUCCGAGUAAGGUGUGCGUAUGUGUGUAAAAUAAGCGAUUUGACUAAAAAUACAUCGAUUAAGUAUCUAA